AUGUCGGACGAAGCCGACUUGAUCGACGUUGAAGACAGGUUUAAAGCCACGCUCGAUAAGUUUGGGCGGACUUAUCAGACAUAUUCCCUAGAACGCGAGAUCAACUUAGCACCUGUCGAUGAUGAGGAAGGAUUCAGGCUGGAGCAGCAGCACGAUUUAGUAAAAGAUAUCCUCGGCGACGCGCUGAGCGAUGCAUGGCCACACCAUGGGCUGUAUCCGAGCUUUGUUGGCGAACCAAGAGACGUCCUUGACUGUGGCUUCGGUACAGCAUCUUGGUGCGCCGAGGUGGCAGAGUAUGAUCCGGACUGCCUGGUGAUUGGCCUCGACAUAGCCCUCCAUCUGGCCACAGACUUUCCCGAGAACUGCUCCUUGGAGAUAGCGGAUCUCAACGAGACAAUUACCCUCGCAAGCAGCUCCAUUGAUUUUGUUCAUUCGAGGUUCAUUGCGGGAGGGCUGAGUCGAUAUCGAUGGCCGGGGUAUCUGUCCGAUCUUUUCAGGACCUUGCGAGACGGUGGCUGGAUACAGCUGAUGGAAUGGGAUUUGAGCUUUCGAUCGAACAAUGGCGAGGAUGACAAGCUGCAAGCCCUUCGAGAAUGGACACGGUUGUACUACAUGGCUCUGGAUCAGUCGAGACAGCCGGCAGGAAAGAGGCUGACGCAGGUGACGCAGUUAGAAGAUAUGUUGCGGACGGCGAGAUUCCAGAACGUAUCGACUCGCUCGAUCGAGGUUCCAACGUGUGGGUGGGAUUCGCGGAGUAAAAAGAUAGGAGAGAAGAAUUUGGCGAAUAUGCAGGCGCUCAUCGAGGCAGUCGCACGAUACCCAGUCCUGAGCCGGGGUUUGACUGAUCCGGCUACUUUUGAGCAAAUCUUGUCAGCAGCGAGGGCCGAAUUGGCACUUGAAAGCGCGCAACCGUUUCUUCGUCUGUAA